AUGGCUCAAGCGAAAAUUAACGCUAAAAUGAACGAUGCAUCUAAAGGCAAAUUCAGCCGAACGCUUUCGAUGGCGGACCGGUCCGGACGAUUACUGGAGAGUCUGGAUCAGAUUGAGACGAGGGUGGAGGCUCUUCGUGAGGAAGCCAGUGCUAUGGAGCAGGAGAGAGAGUGUUUAAUCGAGAUGAUCCAGUCCAUACGAAACAGUCAGGAACUGAGGAGCGUUUGUGACGGGGAAAGGGAAGAGCUCUCUCUGACCGCCUCUAGACUCCUGGGCAGGACAUUAACGGUGAGCAUUUCUGUGGACACGAUCCGAAACGAGCAGCAGGAAGAGGCCUUGAAGAAAGCCACGGCCAUCAUCGAUGAGAUCACUGGGAAGGUGCUGGAGGACAUGGAGGGGGCCAGAAAGCGUCUGCAGGCCCUCCACGCGGCGUGUGUGACCGACGCGCCUCCUGUGCCUCUGGAUCAGAAGUUUCAGAGCGUCGUGAUCAGCUGCGCCCUGGAGGACCAGAAGAAGAUCAAGAGGCGCCUCGAAACCCUCAUCAGGAACAUGGACAAUGCCCAGAAAACCAUUCAAAUCAUGGAUAACCAGAAAGUUGAUCAUUCCUGUCUUAGCAAUGGCAAAUAGAGGCUGAGGGACUGACGAGCGCCACACGUGCCUUUCCCUGACAGCACACAUACAUCACAGAGACGUCUGCAAGAUGUAUUUUUAGUGUUUGCUCAUCUGCUAUGUACUAUCUGCAAUUGCAGACCACUGUUAAAGGAUAGCACACGUACAUCUGCAUGACGUCUGUUAGAGAUCACUUGAUCUGGAAAGCAUCUGUGUACAGACGUCUGUAAGAUGUCAGUUUACAUUCAUUCUAAAUUACAAACAAAGACUUCUAAUAAACAUCUAUUUGACAUCUACAAGGAAAUGUCCUAUAGACAUAUUGCAGAUGAACAAACACCAAAUAAUACGUCUUGCAGAUGUAAAUGCACGCAGACAUCAAGUAGACAUCUUCAUGAUGCGUGUGUGAUAUCAGGGACAUAACUGAUAAAUAUGACCCUGGACC